AUGCCACCACAUAAUCUUCGAUUAAAGAUUGGUUCACCUAUUAUUCUCCUGCGUAAUUUGAAUCCACCUCGAUUAUGCAACGGUACGCGUUUGUUCAUCAAAAAGAUCACCGGAAAUAUUCUUGAAGCAACCAUUUUAACUGGAAAGUUUAAAGGAGAAGUGGUCCUGUUGCCACGUAUUCCAAUGAUACCGUCAGAUUCUACGAUACCCUUCAGAAGGCUACAGUUUCCAGUUCGUUUAGCUUUUGCCAUGACUAUAAAUAAGUCUCAAGGCCAAACAAUGUCCAUUUGUGGUGUAGAUUUAAAAAAUCCAUGUUUUUCUCAUGGGCAACUAUAUGUUGCAUGUUUACGUGUAGGAAAAUCGUCGAAUCUAUUUGUGUUAGCUAAAGUCGGAUUAAUCAAAAAUAUUGUGCACCAAUUAGUGCUAAAAUAA